CAAUUGUUUGCCAUUUGCAUUGUGUGUCUUCAUGUAGUAAAGUGACAAUACAAGAUAUAAUAAUUGCGAACAGGUUGGCGUUUCGUCAGAAUGAUUCGAGGCACGAUAGUUAUACCGUCUCUUGCAUUUCUGUUUCUAAUAACAGCCGAGUGCCUACUGUCGAACGAAAUAGGGGAAGGACAAAUGGCCGGAAGUGGAAAUAGGAAUUGCGUAUGCAUGAACUGGAGAGGCUGCCAUGGGAAGAUUAACUCAGAUGUACAGUGCCCUGGCAGCUACAUAAAUAUUUGUUGUAUCGUGCCAACUGCACCAAGGAGUGGUGGGGAUCCACGCUACCCUUGACCUGAGGAAGGUCAAAUUGCCACGGAUUUUUCGCAUUUAUGUUUUAAAAAAGAUAUUUUUCACUAAACUGUAUUGAUAACAAUUGAUAAAAAGUCUAUGCGUAUCUUGUUGCUUGCAGAGAAACCGAAAAGAGCAUCUCCCACCACCUUAUUUUUUAAGUCAGGCAAUGAAUCAAAUCUACUGAAGUAUCUUCAAGCAACUCGUUAUAAUUUCAACUUGCGACACCCACAUAUGCACGGCACAUAAAAAACUAGAUUAACCAAAUUAUUUUAUUAAGAAGCAUGAGAUGAGUCAUAGGCGCUCGCGUUUUGAAUAAAAUGGUUACUCAUGGAUUGAUAUGGAAACGCAAUUAUUUUAUACGAACGAUAUGCUUCCGUAAAAAACUGGUUUCUUCGAACAAUGACAAAGAAAAAUGCGCAUAUAGAGGAAUUUCAUGUAUCAAGAAUAAAGUAAUCCAUAAAACAAUCUAUAGUUUAUUGAGUGAAUCAAGGCAGUUACGUCACGACGUCAAACGAUGACAGUGACGCACAUAGUUGCUACAUUCAUUAA